CCGGCACCGGGCGGGAUGGCCCGGGGCGCGCUCCGCCUGCUCUGCUGCGCCGCUGCCUUGCUCGCUGCUGCAGGUCCAGAGCCAGUGUCUCGGAACAGCUCAGGGACAGCCGUGUCACCAUCUCCACCCAGCUCAGCUGCAGCCACCAGCCAGGGGACUCACAGUGGGACUCCAGCCGGCUCUGACUCAGGAGGGGUCAAUGCAGCUCCAUCCAACCCACCCACGACACCAACUCCGUCUAAGACUUUGGGAUCAACAGCACCUCCAGCAUCUUCAUCCAGCACCACCACAGCACCAACUCCAUCCAAGACUUCGGGAUCAACAGCACCUCCAGCAUCUUCAUCCAACACCACCACAGCACCAGCUCCAUCUAAGACUUCGGGAUCAACAGCACCUCCAGCAUCUUCAUCCAACCCACCCACGGCACCAACUCCAUCCAAGACUUCGGGAUCAACAGCACCUCCAGCAUCUUCAUCCAACACCACCACGGCACCAUCUUCAGCCAGGACAGCAGGAUCAACAACACCUUUGGCACCCUCAUCCAAUGCCACCACAGCACCAACUCCAUCCCACACGAGCAUGUCCAGAUCCACAGAGCAUCCAUCCAACUCAACGGCAACACCAGCCCCAUCUUCACCCAGACCCUCUGGGCCUGCUUCCCCCACACCCACUGUGAGCCCGGCUCCCAACAGCACCAGCACUGUCACCACCAGCUCCAGAACGAGAGCAGCUGUUGGCAGCGCAGCUGGUAACUCUGAGCAGCACCCCACUGAGCUGAGCCCUGGUGUGGUCGUCGUCAUCUCCCUGUCCGUCUGCCUGCUGCUGGCAGGGGUGGCCGUGCUGCUGGUGCGGCUGUCCCAGCGCGGGACCCUCCCCUUCCAGCACCUGGAUGAGGUGCCCAUGAGCAAAGUGAUGGAGGGGGCCCCCGUCACUCCCCCCUCCCCCCGGUGACGCCCCGGCCGCAGCCCCCCGGGCUCCCCACGCUGCUGAAUAAAGACGCUGCUGCCCUGGC